CAUCAUCAGGUUGCUUCCGUCUGAAUGGAGACCCUUGCCCCGAGAUAUCCUCCCUUCCUAUUGGCUCUUUCGGGUUUACGGUGUUCUCGGGAGCCGCAAAGUCGAGUCUCCACAUCCUGAUCCCAUCUUCAACGGCCUCGAUUCUCCCGGACCCCGCGCGUUCCGUUGAACCUCGCCAGUCUUCGGUGUGAGUCGUUCAAAACGCCAUCUGAGUUUGGUUGCUUGUUGUAGUGCGUGACUUUUCCCAUAAACAUUUUCCUCUGUGGCAUUGUUUCAUUGCAUUGGAUCCUGUCUGUAUCUGACUGACCCCUCGCUCAGCCGUGUAAUUCCCUGUCUGCAGCCUGUCCUGUCAUCCACACAAACAAACGGUGCCCGUGAUUCCCGUAUUUGACCUCAUGGUUGAAGAUUCUCGGGCCCAGUUGGACGAUGGCCCUGACGAGGGAUCCGAUGGGCCCCAGAAUCCUUCUAAUCUGACUAUUCGACGAGCAUGCGAUGCAUGCCGAACUCGCAAGGUAUGUACUUAUCAAUCUAAUCAAUGUUUUAUGCAUAUUACUCCAUCAAUGGUCCAGUCAUUAAAGACCACUCACUAGCCACAGAGGCUGGGGUAAAGAUUGGAAGCCAUCGUCAACAUGGUCCUAGCUCUCACUUGAGAUUACUUCACUCAGCUCAACAACUAUAGCUAAAUAGUAACAUCAAUCUAUGUAGAUCCGCUGCGAUAGGAAUUCGCCCUGCUCUCAUUGCAUCCACGCCAAGAUACCGUGUACACACCAUGAUACUCGCCCAAAGGAGAAGAGAACCCGCAUACUCCUCUCCGCCCAAUAUGAGAGAAAGAUCGACACCAUUGACCGUCGUCUUGAGGCCCUCACCGAGCUCAUGCGUGAUAUGAAGAUGAACAUGUCAUCUACAAGCACACAACCCAAUCAGAAUCACAUGCCCAGCUCUGAUGUCCCCCGCCAAUCGCCAGCCCAAGCCUCGAGCUCAACACCCUAUGGGCAUCUCGCUCAGCAGACUGCAGACAGCCCGGUCAUUGAAGGAGAUUCUUCCCUAGCUGCUCAUGGUGAAUUUGCAAACGAAUUCCUGAAAAAUGCUGUUGGCACAGAGUCCUUACAGGGUGCUAGCCUUGAGCUACGUGAGACCUUGGAUUCACUACAUCACAUCGUCAGCUCUCUGAAACAACAGACGGCUGCCACGGAGAUGUCAUAUCCCCAUGCUAGACAACUACCACGUCCGAGUCUAAAAAACAACGAACUACCUCCAAUUCAAACAGCCGUUGCCUUGAUACGAGAAUGUGAGACCGAAAACUCAGAAGUGUCUGCCUGGAUAAGGGAGUUCUUCUCCAUGGAGAGCUUCUCGGGCAUGUGUCUUCAUGUUUAUUUCUCAGAAGAUGUCUCAGAGGCUGAUAUCAUCCUUGUGAACGUUGGCCUGAUGUACAUGUUCAUGGAUCGCCAGCAGCGUACUGCAGACGCCAAAGAACAAGAAGAGUGCGAGGGAUACAUGAAAACACUUCGCGAAAACACCGAAACGGCGUUGGCAAAUUUGCCUUUUCAUCUGCCUGCAACCUCAAACAUGAUUUCUGCCCUUCUCCUGGGAGCAUUUUAUGCUAUUGAGAUCUCAAAACCAUCACUCUCAUGGACUCUAUCAUGUAAGGCCUCCGAACUAUGUCAGACUCUAGGUUAUCACCGGAUAUCAACCAUGAAGAAUGACAGGCCGCGCGAGGCUCAGCGCAAACAGUUUCUAUUUUGGAACACAUAUUUCAUAGACAAAAGUCUCUCCCUCAGGCUUGGCAGGGCUUCUACUAUCCAAGACUGGGAUGUCACCGUGCCGCUUCUUACCUCGAACCCUCCCAAUGCUACGCCCCUAUCGGCCUUCAUUUGCCUCUGGGUCGCUACAGCUCGGUGCCAAGGACACAUAUAUGAGCUGCUGUACAGCCCAGACUCUAUGACACAGUCUGAUGAUGUGAGGAGAUUCCGUGCUCAAAAGCUUGUGAACGAUCUGAAGGAUAUCUCGAGGAGGAGCAAGGAGCUGAGUAAAUCCCGCGAGAAGGAAGUGAAGACAAAUCUUGGGGAGUACUUUUUCGAUUUUAUUCUCAUCUCUGAUGACGUUCUUCGACUUUCACUUCUGACCCUGAUUUAUCGAGCCACUCCUGGGCCACCCAACUCCAAAGUGACAUUUAUACCAGAGUGUAUUGAGGCUGCGCGUGCAACACUACAUCGCCAUCAAGAUUGCAUGGAUCUCUUGGGACGGGAUAAUACUGUCUAUUUUCCUUCUUACGUUCAUUGGACAUUACUAUUUGCCCCUUUCAUUCCUUUCAUCGUUGUGUUCUGUCAAGUCAUUGAGACCCAGGACCAGACGGACCUUGCCCGCUUGCACAGCUUCUGCACAUCUCUUGAGACGACCAUUCAACUAUCAGAUGCAGCGGCGAAGACAUACCGCCUGUUCCAGGUCCUCUAUACAGUAGCACUCCGAUACAUAGAGUUCCGGACAAGCACUCCUCCAGCCGACCAAACACAGGCCAGUGCUGAACUUAACAACUACCUCGCUGCUCUCGGAUUUCCACCAGCAGGUCUGGAUAACGGGGUUCAACAAUCGGCGCACAUGGACCCCAGUCAGGCUGGUGCGUUCUCACAACCGCUCGGGGAUAUGAGUAUGCUUGAUGGUGCCGACGGUCAGAGAGGAGCAAACACGAUGAUGUGGAUGGGUAACACGGCGCAACUUGGCGAAUGGUUCAACAGCAGUCAGCAAAUGAUGGAGUUACUGGAGGAGCCCAGUUUCACAUUCCCUCAGUGAAUGAAAACAAGAGGUUCGGACAAAUAAAGAAGUUCAUAGAUAGUCACAUUCGUCCAUUCAGGAGACAGCAAAUACAACGCCACUCAGAUGGGUUCGGCAUAAACUGAGCAUAGGAGCCACUCCCGCAAUCACACCUGAUUCAUCC